AUGAAUACCGUCGCAGCGGAAGAGGACGAGGAGGGACAGAACAUGCGAGAAGCUCGCGACACAUUACAGGCGCUCCAGGAGUUGCUCGCCAAGUCCGUCCGCCAGGUAUUUGUAGCACUGGAUACUUGCGUUGAAACAGACCUCUCACUGCAAGAGGAAUGGUUCCUCGAGUCUGUACGAGGGCUAUGCGAAGAAAAUGAAGCGACUCUUCGCUGUCUGGUCACGGUAGACGAAAUUUGGUGGUUUGUUAACGAGACUGUUCCAGAAAUGUGGGAUCCCGUUUACGGACCGCGCCGGGCAGAUGUCGCAGAAGACGCUGUCAUCUACUACGUCAGAGAUUGGGGACGAUUUGCAGAGACCGCUGUGGCGUGCGUAAAGGCAAAGCACCAAACUGCGCCUGAUGAUGGUAAUCGUGCCACAGCAGAGGACGACGACGUUAUAGAAACUGCCUCCGAGAGAGGACAGGGUCCAUUUGCCUAUGAGAUCCAAAAAGACAUCGAACUCCUAUUUCGGGUCAUCGGAGUCGACACUAUCGUCCUAGACUUUCUGCUCCCCGCCAACAUCCACACGUCGGGGGCCGCCGCAGCGUGGCGAUCGUUGGUACCGGUGCAACGAAUACUGGGCCCUUGCGUGGGUCGCUUCCUGGAAUGCCUCUGUACCUUCUUCGGCCUCAGUGUCAGCCAUGUGCGAGAUACAGCCGUACAACGUAUCAAUGCAAUAGAAGAGCGGACGAGACGGUGCACGUCAUUCUAUUCGGUUUUGGACUACGCAAUAGACUGCAUCUGGCGACGUCAGCCAGGCCUACAAGGAAUAGCCACGGAGGUCCGCCCGGGGCAGGCCAACCAGGUCCUUACAGUAGUCGCCGGUUACUGCAACUCCUUUUGGGAUACGAAUUCAUUGGCAACCUUCACUGAACUUAUCAACCUCCUCAUUCUGGUGGACAACAUUGUCGCCCUCUCUGCAUCGACAGCAGUGUACCUUUGUGGCGAUAUUUGCACUGCACUGCUAGCCAUUCUUUGCGAUGGUCGAGUUGCCAUUUCGACACCUGGAAUUCCGGAACGCUUCAGGAAUGCGGAUCACCAACAACGCGUGACAUCAGCUCUCAGAAGGUGUAAGCCUGUCCUAAACGCAACGUAUGUCCUCCCUCCUUUGAAGAGAGAUGCUGAACACCCACAAGCUGCUGACACCGCCGAUCAAGCUCAGUGUGGCAAUGCUCAGAGUCAUGGCUGUAGCGUUGUCGGACAGAAGCCGGAUGCAGCUUCCGACCACGUUCUGGGGAAACGGCGCAACAGCAGCGCUGAAGUGGUUGAUGGCCCAAUGUUACCCUCGGUGGAGGAGCGAAGUCCGCUGGAUCCAAGCACUGAUAACGGCGAAGCAUGUGGCACCCAGCUGCGUGCGAUUUCAUUUAUGAGGAAGCUCCAUAGAUUCCCGCAGCUUUCGGCGGUAGUUACCAAGGCAUUCUCCCGCAUCGUUUCGACUGGUUAG